UAGCAUACAUAAACCGUAUACAUUUAAGCCGCUACCAUCAUUUUCUCCAAAAAGAAAAACCCAUUUCCUCACACUCAAAUCCAAAGAUCACCAUGGGAGAGGUGGAUCCAGCCUUCGUUCAAGAACUAGAACACAGGCCAAAACUUGGAAUUAUUGCAGCCGAAGGUAUACCCAUAAUUGAUCUCUCCACCCUAAGCUCUUCUGAUGCCACCCCAGAUCACUCUCAAGCACUUGAGGGUCUUGUUAAGCAGGUAGGCAACGCAUGCAGGGAUUGGGGAUUUUUCCAAGUGAUAAAUCAUGGGGUGUCACUGGAAAAGCGAGAAAAGAUUUUCAAUGCAUCAAAGAAAUUUUUUGCUCAGCCUCUUGAGGAGAAAAACAAGAUUAGGAGAGAUGAUAAGGGAGCGUUGGGUUAUUAUGAUACAGAGCAUACCAAAAAUGUUAGGGACUGGAAAGAGGUGUUUGAUUUCACUGCGCAUAAUCCAAUUAUAAUCCCUGCUUCAUAUAAGCCUGAUGAAAAGGAGCUCACUAAGUUGGGCAAUCAAUGGCCUGAGCACCCUCCUGAUCUAAGGGAAAUCUGUGAAGAUUAUGCUAAAGAAAUGGAAAGACUUGCCUUUAAGUUGAUGGAACUUAUUGCCCUUAGUCUAGGCUUGCGACCAGAUAGGUUCCAUGGCUUCUUCAAAGACCAAACCUCCGCCAUUAGGCUCAACCACUAUCCACCUUGCCCUUUUCCUCACCUAGCUCUCGGGGUUGGUCGACACAAGGAUCCUGGUGGCUUGACCAUCCUUGCCCAAGAUGAUGUGGGAGGACUUGAAGUGAAGCGUAAAUCUGAUGGAGAGUGGACUUGGGUCAAGCCAACCCCAAAUUCUUACACAAUCAAUGUUGGCGACAUUAGUCAGGUAUGGAGCAACGAUGCUUAUGAAAGUGUGGAACAUAGAGUGAAGGUGAACCCUGAGAAGGAAAGAUUUUCCAUUCCAUACUUCUUCAAUCCAGCACACUAUACCAUCGUGAAGCCCUUAGAGGAGAUAGUAAAUGAGCAAAACCCUGCCAAAUUUAGGCCUUACAAUUGGGCGGAUUUUAUGGCCAACAGAAAGCGUAGUAAUUUCCAAAAGCUUGAUGUUGAGAACCUCCAAAUCUCUCACUACAGGACAUCAAAAUUAGCUGAUAAAUCAGAGGGUGCAUUGUCCAUCAACAAUUAAUAGUACUAUACUUCCUGCAAAUGUCAUUCUGUAUGUAUAAACCAGAAAAGGACUUUGAUUCUUGGAGGCAUGAUGCAACUUUUCCAAGAGAUCCAGUAGUAUUACUGUGCAUAGAAAUUAGAAUAAUGUAGAAUAAUGGAAUUUGCUACAAUUAAAAAAAGUGUGUUGCAGCUAUAACUUUUUUUUAAUGCUGAGAUAUUUUUAAAUUAUUUUAAUUUAAUGCACACUCUCUGGUA